GGAUUUGUGGCUGAAGGAGUUAUAGGCCUGAAGUCAGGAUCUGGAAGGAAACAGCAGCUCUCUUCAGACAGGACCAGAGCGAACAGUGCUGAGUAAGGGAGAGACAAGGAAAGACGCCUGCAUGAAGACUGAGCUGCUGAAAGAUAUCACCAACAAUAAAGAGGAAGGAUUUAAUGCCAUGGCUGCAGAUGAAAGUGCUACAGAAAAGCAAGUGGGGGAACCAAAAAUGGCAGUAGAUGGUGAAACCAAUGGUUCCUGUGAGCACAGUGAAGCUGGUAGCCACCCAAACCCAGCUAAAAACACUCAGGACAAUACGAAAGCGAGCCAGCAGGACUCUAGUACUAAAUUAAAUAGGAUAGCAGAAAAUGGCAUUUCUGAAAGAGAUGGUGAGACUGGGAAGCAAAACCAUAUGAAAACUAAUGACUUCACACAGACUUCUGUAACAGGGAGCAAUGGAUAUAUUCUAACCAAGCAGAUGGCACAGGAGCAACCUCUAAGGACUACCAGCACCUUUGCUUCUCUCACCGGCCAUGCUGCAAAAACCCUUCCAGGAGGAGCAAGCAAAGGGAGGACUGUGGGCACCUUUUCUCAGAUGCAAGCCACGAUGGCAACCAAGCUCGGGGAGGGCAGUAAGGACAUGGAUGCUAAAAAAGCCACCGCUGCUAAUGCUGAAGUGAAGGUCCACAGAGCACGGAAGACAAUGCCUAAACCCACCCCUAGCCUGGAGUUGCUUCCUGAAUUGGGAUCGAAGCUGAUUCUGAAACAGCAUGCAAGUAAAGACCCCAAAGAAGGAAGAGACAGCAGAGAUCAGAAAGAAUCCAAGGAGGAAGGCAACAAAAAUGUCUUGGAGUUUGGGAAGCCAUUGCCGUUGUCCUCUCUCCCAGGCCUUCACCAGUCACUACCUCAGAACCAGAGCUAUGUGGCCACCACAAAGUCGCAGACGGCUGCUGCAGUAUCUCGGAAGAAAAAACGGAGAAUGGGAACCUAUAGCCUGGUUCCCAAGAAAAAGACCAAAGUGUUAAAACAGAGAACAAUGAUUGAGAUGUUUAAGAGCAUAACUCAUUCCUCUGUGGGUGCCAAGAGUGAAAAGGACCUAGGUGAUGGCAGCCCUCAUGUGAAUGGGGAAAGCAUAGAUGUAGACUCUGAAGAGGAAGACUCUGAUGAGUUGGAAGAGGAUGAUGAUCAUGGAGCAGAACAGCCAGCUGCAUUUCCUGCAGAUGAUAACAGGACCUCUAAGGACAGUGCGUCUGAUGCAGACAAUGCCAGAAAGAUUGAUGAUGGUGAGUCUGAAGAGGAACAAGAGUCUGGAGAAUCUGGGGAGGAGGAAGAAGAUGGAGAUGAGUCUGACUUGAUGGCCUCUCUGGUUAUUCAGAGUUCUGAGUCCAGUGUCAAGAAGAAACUGCUGAAAAGGAAAGGAAAGACGGAUAGCCCAUGGCUGAAACCCACCCGCAAGAGGAGACGGAGGAAUAGAAAGAAACAAGCUGGUGUGCUAGGUGCUGAAGCCUAUAAAUCAUCUUUGGGAGGCAGAGAGGGAUCUGUCCAGGAGAACAGUAUGGAAUACAUGGAGGUGUCUCUUGAUUCCUUGGAUCUCCGAGUGAAGGGAAUUCUAUCUUCACAGUCGGAAGGUCUUUCCAAUGGUCCUGAAGCAAUGGAAGUUGAUGGUCUCCAGGAAGUUCCCCUCUGUAGCUGUCGAAUGGAAACCCCCAAAAGCAGAGAGAUUACCACGCUAGCCAACAACCAGUGUAUGGCAACGGAGAGUGUGGAUAAUGAGCUGGGCCGAUGCACAAACAGUGUGGUUAAGUAUGAACUGAUGCGCCCGUCUAACAAAGUCCAGCUUUUGGUGCUGUGUGAGGACCAUAGAGGGAGGAUGGUGAAACACCAGUGUUGCCCUGGCUGUGGAUACUUUUGCACUGCAGGCACUUUCAUGGAGUGUCAGCCUGAGAGCAGCAUCUCCCACCGUUUCCACAAGAACUGUGCCUCCCAGGUCAAUGACAUGAGCUACUGCCCACACUGUGGGGAAGAGGCCUCGAAGGCGAAGGAGGUAACAAUAGCAAAAGCGGACACGACUUCGACAGUGUCGCUGACCUAUGAGCAGCAGAAACCAGCAGCUGUGGAGGGAAGGGCUGACACCACGACGGGGAGUGGCACUGGAACACGGUUGUCAGAGGAAGAUAAGCCGGAAAGUUCAGCUGCUGAAGUGUUUGACAUGGCUGGGUCUUCAGUUUUUCCAAAGCCCACUACUAGCCUCACCCAGGGACCAGUUAAAGAAACUUUGGAAAGUGCCCUAAUUGCCCUGGAUUCUGAAAAACCCAAGAAGUUACGGUUCCAUCCGAAGCAGUUGUACUUCUCUGCUAGGCAAGGAGAGCUGCAAAAAGUCCUGCUUAUGUUGGUGGAUGGAAUUGAUCCUAAUUUUAAAAUGGAGCAUCAGAGUAAGAGAACCCCUCUUCAUGCUGCUGCUGAGUCUGGCCACGUGGACAUCUGCCAUAUGCUGAUUCAGGCUGGUGCUAAUAUAGACACCUGCUCAGAGGACCAGAGGACUCCACUGAUGGAAGCAGCAGAAAACAACCAUCUGGAAACUGUGAAAUACCUUAUCAAGGCUGGAGCACUAGUAGACCCUAAGGAUGCGGAGGGAUCCACGUGUCUGCACUUGGCUGCCAAGAAGGGGCACUACGAUGUAGUUCAGUAUCUUCUCUCCAACGGACAGAUGGAUGUCAACUGCCAGGAUGACGGAGGCUGGACGCCUAUGAUCUGGGCCACUGAAUACAAGCAUAUUGAGCUGGUGAAGCUGCUGCUUGCGAAGGGGUCGGACAUUAACAUUCGAGACAAUGAGGAAAAUAUUUGUUUGCACUGGGCUGCUUUUUCUGGCUGUGUUGACAUAGCGGAGAUAUUGCUGGCUGCUAAGUGUGAUUUACAUGCAGUGAAUAUUCACGGAGACUCACCCCUGCAUAUUGCAGCCAGAGAGAACCGCUAUGAGUGUGUUGUUCUCUUUCUUUCCCGUGGCUCGGAUGUUACUUUAAAGAACAAGGAGGGUGAGACUCCACUCCAGUGCUCCAGCCUUAACUCUCAGGUCUGGGUGGCUCUGCAGAUGAACAAGACUCUCAGAGAAUCAUCUACUGACAAGCCUGCCCAGAUAGAGAAGGUAGUGAGCAGAGACAUCGCCCGGGGUUACGAGAGGAUCCCAAUUCCCUGCGUCAAUUCAGUGGACUGUGAGCCUUGCCCUAGCAACUACAAAUACGUUUCACAAAACUGUGUCACCUCCCCGAUGGACAUUGAUAGAAACAUCACUCAUUUACAGUAUUGUGUAUGUAUAGAUGACUGCUCUUCCAGUAACUGCAUGUGUGGCCAACUCAGUAUGCGUUGCUGGUACGAUAAGGAUGGCCGACUCCUGCCUGAGUUCAACAUGGCUGAGCCGCCACUGAUCUUUGAGUGUAAUCACGCGUGUUCGUGCUGGCGAACCUGUAGGAACCGGGUGGUGCAGAAUGGGCUCAGGACUCGAUUACAGCUUUAUCGGACACAAAAGAUGGGCUGGGGUGUGCGAACAAUGCAAGACAUUCCACUGGGAACCUUUGUGUGCGAGUAUGUUGGCGAGCUGAUAUCUGAUUCCGAGGCAGAUGUCCGUGAAGAGGACUCCUAUCUCUUCGACCUUGACAACAAGGAUGGAGAGGUGUACUGCAUAGAUGCUCGUUUCUAUGGCAACAUCAGCCGCUUUAUAAACCACCUCUGUGAGCCAAACCUCAUCCCAGUGCGGGUCUUCAUGUCGCAUCAGGACCUCCGCUUUCCCAGGAUCGCCUUCUUCAGCACAAGGCAUAUAGAAGCCGGAGAAGAAAUUGGCUUUGACUACGGAGACAGGUUCUGGGACAUCAAAGGCAAAUACUUCAGCUGUCAGUGCGGUUCACCCAAGUGCAAACACUCGAGCUCAGCGCUGGCCCAGCGGCAGGCGAGCACCUCGUCCCAGGACACCCAGGAAAACGGGCUCCCUGACACCAGCUCUGCCACGGCAGCCGGCCCCUUUUGAGGCUCCGCUCCCCAGAGACUGACUUGUUUUAACCCUAUAGAUUCACAUACUGUCUGAAUUUCCAUUUAAAGAGAAAACCUGCUCAAGGAAAGCCAAGGGUUCAUGACACUUAGGGCUGUGCCACCGACUGUUACUUGAGGAUUGAGUAAAAGCAAAUCCCGCCUCCGUGAUGUUGUUCUCCCCUCUGCAGUCCUGGAAAGCUGCUGGUUUUUACAGUGCGUGUGGAGGGGUGGCUGUUGCGUUUUUUCCAUGCAAGCUGUCCUGGCCUCCGUCUCUUAAUGUGCUAAGUGUUGUCAGAGCCAAGGGAGAGCUGCCCGUCCUCCUCCGAAUAUUGUUAAUUGAAUGGAUCGCUCAUGCCAAGUCAUCUCCAGUUCACUUGUAAUAAACUUUGAAUACUUGAUGGGACUUUCUUUCUAAAAGCAGAGGGGAAGCGGGGAGGGGGGAGGGAGGUGCUGGCGUUUUGAUUUUCUUGGCACAGCCCUUGGGGCAGGUUCUGCUGGUUGUUUUUGUUGAUUUGUUUUUUUUUUCCCCCUGCCAAACCGUGGAUUUCUCCCACGUCUCGCAGGCCGUUGCAGUGUGGUCUGUCCCUCUUCGGUCACUAGGAGCUAGAGGGCAUUUCCAGCAGAUGCUUCUCUGUUAUCAAAUCCACCGACUUUCUCUUUUUCUCUUCUAAGGAGAAGAAAUCCACAAUACUUAAAUCCCUUUGGUCCUAGCCUCUCUGCCGAGCGGACCGGAGACUCUUUCCCUGAGACCCCAUUCCCUUCCAGGCUUUCUCCGUUAGAAAACGGCUCUCGUCUGCGCCUCUUGGCCGUGUCACUGUUUCAGUGUUCGUUUCACCAGUGGAAGGAUUUUCCUCUCCUAUCACAUUAGCAGUUUUAGAGAGGGAAGGUUGAAGGGGAUUGUACAAGACACUAACUUCUUCAGAAAAUCAGUUUUCUUUUUUUUUAAAAAAAGAUAAAGUGAAUGAUAUAUAUAUUAUAGAGAACCUCGACUCACGUCUGCUGGAUGAAGCGAAUGGCAGACAGGACAUGUCACAGCGAGAAGAUCCCAGAUGCCACCAGCUCAUCUGUUCCUAUCACUUUUCUCAACGCUGGGCACCUUUGAUUAAUUUUUAAGCCACACGCUAUGAGGUUUAAAUAAACUGAUUUAUUUUUUACCAUUACUGAAACAUUGGGGACUAGCAUUAAAAAAAAAAACAAAAAAACAAAAAACACAAAACAACAACAAAAAGAAACCACGAAACAAAAACGGUGCUGAUUCUGGUGUGAUUUUUGCUCACCACGUGAAUAUAAACUAUCAAUUGUAUAAAAAGAACAAAGUGAUUUUAGUAUAAAAUGCAGGAAAAAAAAACUUUUUUUAAAUUGUUAGUAUUGUAGUGUGAAUAAAUUUGCCAUCACCUUUUGUGUGAUGGCUGGGCAGGUCAUUAUCUUAAUUUUUUUUUUUUUUUGCAUAUAUCUUUAAAUACUGUAAUUAGUGCAGUAACAGGUUUUUUUUUGUUCAUCUCUUCUAGAACAUUCAUAAUGCCGUCAUGUUUAUUAUUAUUUUUUUUUUCUGUUAAUGUUUUUGACAGUUUUAAAGGAGCAGUCUUUUGGCUCUGAUCAUUUUCUUGUUCUGUUU